UCAUCACCAACCCCGACUCUUAUCACGAGCGACACCUCCCUCUCCUCCUCCAUCGUUGUCUGCCUUUCCAUGUCGCCUCCGUCUCACGAGUGAUAGUCUUGUCCCCCUCCUUUGCCACCUGUGCAAAAGGCAACGGCCCUUAUCCUCUCCGCUGGCACCCUCGUCGCCCACCGUUGUUCUACCUGUGUUGCACAAGCGGAAAAGGAGGGGGUUCAAGGCUAUCGCCCGCGGGGGCGGGCACUACACAGAAGCGAAGUGGAAGGAUGGGCGAUGAGGGAUGAGGAGGAGAAGGGGGAAGGAUGGGGAAGGAGGAAGAGAGGAGGGGGAGCAAGGAAGGACGACGCUACCUAUGAUGGGAGCAGGAGGCAACAAGCGACGUCGCUCACGGUGGGAACAAGGGGCGGCGAAGGCGGAGACGACAACGAUCGGAGGCUGUUUUGGAGGGGAAGGAGCAUUUUCAUCGAAUUGGGGAAAAAGGAUUGCCCCAAAGGUGGAGAAUAUAGCUGCUAUGCAUAUGUCUCACCCCUGAUGAUGAUCUUUGGUGUUUGAUCCCCACAUCCAAGAAGGAUCUCUAAGUACAUACAUAUUCCAAGAAGGAUUAAGCUUUGUUCUUAAGGAUAGAUAAGGAAAUCUGAUGGUCGCGGCAGUACCAGAACGAUCCCAGAGUUCGUCUCGAAGAGCCGUCGACUCAUUCCGCCAGCCACCGGAAGCUCCGAGUGCGGACGCGUUUGGCCCAAGAAAGGAGAGGGAGCCAGCCCUUUAGAUGGGCCUUCUCGUCCGAAAAAAGCAAGACUAUUUCCUCAUUAUGCCUUUUGGAAAGUAAAGACAAAGGAUUGGAUAGGGUCACCAGCAACGCCGCUAUCUCUCACUCCUCUUAUCGCUGCCGACAAAUUACCCCGUUACGGCGUCCCGCGGACCUGCGGUUGGUAUCUCCGGGCUCUGUACAGCGAGACGAACGGUCGGAGCCGUCCCAGCCCAUGAUCGAUGCGAAAGACGUCGGUGAUUGACGGAGGAUAUGCUCCUGGUUGUAGAUUAAUUUGUUUCCUAAAUGGCCUCUGCUUCCUCUCAUUGCCCGUUCAGACAUAUUUCUUUCCUUCAAAGCGAAUCUAGGUUCCAAUCUGCGGAAUCUGGUUACUUUGGGACUCCGCAGUUCUUGAAGAAGAGCACUUCUGAGUUGAUUAUUUACCAAAAUUCUGUAACUACGUAUCUAAGGAAGGGUUGCAGACAGGUUGCUGCACUACCAGAUAUUGGUGAUUUCUUCUGGGAAAAAGAUCCAACUCCCAUUUUAGACAUGGUUGAUAUGCCGAUUCAAUUGAAGAAUCUGUCCCACAAAGAACUAAAGCAAUUAGCUGGUGAAAUUCGUUCUGAGAUAUCUUUUGUUAUGUUAAAGACCCGUAGGCCCUUCAGAGCAAGUCUUGCAGUGGUGGAGUUAACAGUGGCUUUACAUCAUGUUUUUCAUGCUCCCAUGGACAAGAUACUCUGGGAUGAUGGUGAACAGACAUAUGCACACAAGAUUCUGACAGGAAGGCGCUCUCUUAUGCAUACACUUAAGCGAAAAGAUGGUCUCUCGGGUUUCACUUCUCGAGCAGAAAGCGAGUACGACGCAUUUGGUGCUGGGCAUGGAUGCAAUAGCAUAUCUGCUGGGCUUGGCAUGGCAGUUGCAAGGGAUAUUAAUGGAAAGAAGAAUCGUAUAGUGACAGUUAUAAGUAAUUGGACAACGAUGGCUGGUCAGGUCUAUGAGGCAAUGAGCAAUGCUGGGUAUCUUGAUUCUAACAUGAUAGUGAUUUUAAAUGAUAGUAGGCACUCUUUACACCCUAAGCUUAGUGAAGGACCAAAAAUGACAAUCAAUCCGAUCUCAAGCACUUUAAGCAAGAUUCAAUCUAGUAGAUCCUUCCGGAGAUUCAGGGAAGCUGCAAAGGGUGUAACGAAAAGAAUCGGUAAAACUAUGCACGAAUUGGCAGCUAAAGUCGAUGAGUAUACACGUGGUAUGAUUGGUCCUCUUGGAGCUACUCUCUUUGAAGAACUUGGGCUGUACUACAUUGGACCAGUGGAUGGACACAAUAUUGAUGAUCUAAUUUGUGUACUCAAUGAAGUGGCAUCAUUGGAUUCAACUGGACCCGUAUUGGUUCAUGUCAUUACAGAAGAUGAGGACUUGGAAAGUAUUCAGAAAGAGAACUCAAAAUCAUGUUCUAAUUCCAUCAACAGCAACCCCUCUAGGACAUUCAAUGAUUGUCUUGCUGAAGCUAUAGUUGCAGAAGCAGAAAGGGACAAAGAAAUUGUAGUGGUUCAUGCAGGAAUGGGAGUCGAUCCAUCACUUAAGCUCUUCCAGUCCAGAUUUCCUGACAGAUUUUUUGAUGUUGGCAUGGCAGAACAACAUGCUAUUACUUUUGCUGCAGGCUUAUCUUGCGGGGGUUUGAAACCGUUCUGCAUAAUUCCGUCAACAUUCUUACAAAGAGGAUAUGAUCAGGUUAUCCAAGAUGUAGAUCUACAGAGACUUCCUGUGAGAUUUGCCAUUAGUAGUGCAGGGCUGGCAGGAUCUGAAGGUCCAAUUCAUUCUGGAGUUUUUGACAUAACAUUUAUGGCAUGCUUGCCAAAUAUGAUUGUCAUGGCACCAUCAGAUGAAGAUGAACUUAUUGACAUGGUGGCUACUGCUGCUUGUGUUAACGACAGGCCUAUUUGCUUCCGGUAUCCCAGGGUAGCUAUUAUGGGAAACAAUGGUCUAUUACAUAGUGGAAUGCCUCUUGAGAUUGGGAAGGGAGAGAUGCUAGUAGAAGGAAAACAUGUGGCUUUGCUUGGCUAUGGUGUGAUGGUUCAGAAUUGCCUAAAGGCACAAUCUCUGCUUGCUGGCCUCGGUAUCCAAGUGACCGUUGCCAGUGCAAGGUUUUGCAAGCCACUUGACAUCGAGCUUAUCCGAAGGCUAUGUCAGGAGCAUGAGUUUUUGAUAACUGUCGAGGAAGGAACCGUUGGUGGUUUUGGUUCUCAUGUUUCACAAUUCAUGGCACUUGAUGGUUUGCUUGAUGGAAGAGUAAAGUGGCGACCCAUUCUACUACCAGACAACUACAUAGAGCAAGCAACCCCAAGGGAACAGCUAGAGAUUGCUGGACUGACCGGCCAUCACAUUGCAGCCACAACAUUAAGUCUGUUGGGACGUCAUCGGGAGGCCUUUCUCUUAAUGCGGUAGAAAGUUCUGAACGGGAACAUCCGCAGGAGAUUCAAAAGGGGGCAUUUUAUACUGAUGCUGCAGUUAAACCUCCAAGUUCUUAUCGAGGCUGCCAGAUUUUGAUCGACAUCCGUGGGCCAAUAUGGAAAUUGGGAGAGAAAUUGUAUAAUUUUUGUCGAUAUGCUCAUUGUUGAGAGUUGUAUUCUGUUAUUGAAUGCAAGCUUCUUCAGCGGGGAGUGAGCUUCUUGAAGGGAUGCGCCUUUUGCAUCUUAUGAGCUCUUAUGUUGUAUGGAUCACAUUUAGUAGUCCCGAGUCAGAUUUUAUCCAUGGACGUUCAUUUUUGUGCCGGCAUGAUAAAUUUAAUUUGUAUUUGAGAUAUGCUAGACCUAAAUAAGGUCUAACUCAACUAAGUUGGUUCAACUUAUUUUGAUGAAUUA